AUGGCUAUAUGGUCAGAUGGUCAGAGUAUCAUCAGAAACAAUCUCUAUGGUUUGGGAGAGAACACAACCACAUGGAAUCAAGCUGUAACCUGGUGGCGAGGCUUCUGCCAUGCUGUUCUGUUGCUCAAUAGCAAUGGAAUGGAUGUUUUCUACACUGGAAAUUCUCUCACUUACAAGAUUAUCGAAGGUGUUUUCGACUUUUAUUUCUUUUCCGGGCCUAGUCCUCUUAAUGUUGUUGAUCAGUACACUACCUUAAUUGGCAGACCAGCUUCAAUGCCUUACUGGGCUUUUGGUAUAACUCAUCUUCUUCUGUUUCUUACAUUGCGUAUUGUACUUGGGAAGUAUACAAUUUAG